UUUCACUACCAAGGUCCGCAGUUCCACGGGAAGUUUCACGAGGAACAGGCCACAGGUUCAAGUCAUCCGUUUACCCACGAACUUGGCCCCCGUACGAGAGCCUACUUGCCACGCGUUCCCCGCCAUUUUUUACUUCGCGCGUCGCGCCGCAUCGGUCCGAGUCGUGUCGCUCCUGGAAGUUCAGUGAGGAAGAAAUUGCCACCCACCCCAAAGAAAAGGAAAAAAAAAAAGUUACAACAAACGAAAAUUUUAAACAAAUACAUUGUGUACAAUUCUCGAUUGUCGUCGAUUAAUUUUAAUCGAGUGAGAUAACUGAUAGAGAAAAAGAAAAGGAAGGAUAGAGUGAGAGACAGAGAGAGAAGUAUAGAAGAUACUGAUGACAACGAGACGAUAAAGUGUUUCAUAGAAAUAGAAGGAGAAGCAGCGAAAUAAUUCUUCACCAUGGGUAAAUUUAGAGGGUUACUGGUGAUAAUUGGUAUAAUUUGCGCUUGCACCUGCGGUGGACGUACGGAAUGCGGAAAUCACGCGCAGAUCUCGCUGUUGACUAGCAUCCACGACGACCCCUCCUGCAGAAAGUUGUCUGCAAGAGGUGUGCUGCUGUACGAAGCAGCGAAAUUGCUCGUCGAGACUCACAAUAAUAAGUCUUCCAACUACGACAUUGAACUGACUGUUCUGGACACGUGUGGCAGUAUAGCUGGCGCUCUGAAAGCGGCAAUGAGGGCUCUCGUGGGGGCAGACACGAACUGUUUGCAACCGCCUUACUACUUAGGAAUUAUCGGGCCAGACACUGCGACAAAUGCGGAAGCCGUACAUAAGAUAACGUCAGUGCUGAAAGUGCCGCAUAUCGUGAGGCGAGAAUCGAAUUCUCCGUAUCUUCAUCAUCUCAUAAAGGAAUCCGAUUCUUAUCUAGUUCAGGGAACGUUGAAGGUCGUGGAGGAGCUGAAGUGGAAGUCGUUCACACUGGUGGUGAACGCCGACGAGGAUGGCGAGGAUGACGCUCAGAACAUUGCGAAGAAAUUGACAAUGGCCGCAAUUCAUAAGGGUCUAUGCGUGUUGGUCUAUGACGGAGACGCGGACGACUUAACCACGCAUGUGGUGCACAUCGGAUCGCCUGAAGAAGAUUUCUUCAGCAAACCUGUGAAUGGCACCGUUCUGGUUGUAAGCGAGGGACGUCUCGAGGAACACCUAAACCAUAUAAAUUCGACAAACACCAUUCUACUCCUAGAGGACUCCAGGAACGAGUUCACGGGGCUAGAGGCGAAAGUCGAGAAGUCGAAAUGGUGGUCCAGCAAAGAUGGCGGCAAAUACGACACCGAAGAGUUGAGGGAGGUUAGGUGGCUCGAGGACGCGAUAAAAGUGUACGCGAAGGCGUUAGACACGCUGUGCAAAAAGAAGAAGUGCAAGAACCCGGUGAACGCCGUGGACUGGAACAACGUUCUGUCAAACGUAAUCGCGGAUCACGUGAAAGAGGCGCAAUCGACCGCCGCAUCGCUCGAGCUAUCGAUGAAAGUAAAAGCCAGUGAAUUACAAACGCUUGGCACGCUUGUUAUUCACAAGAACAAAGUGAAGUUGCAUUGGGGAGAUGAGGAGAACGGCGAGGAUGGAAAAGACGGUGAUAAUGACGACGACGACGACGACGACGACGACGAGGAGGAGGAAAUGCCGAAAGCGUUCAAGAAGUUGAUCACGAAGGAAAAGGGAACGCGUACAGGUUGCGCUACCACGCCUAAGGAGAUCAAAUUGUUGCACGAGGACGACGACGAGGCUGCACAAGUUCUUGUCUCGGAGAUGGACAACAGCGAAUGGUGGACAAUGGUUGGCACAGUGAGUGGCGUCGGUGUCGCCAUGUUCGUCGUCGGAAUUCUUGCCGUCUACGUGGUCUAUACGAACAUUCGCGGUCCUGUGCCCCCCAAGAAUGCUCGUAUCGAAAGGGACACCAGCUUGAGAAGAGUGGGCAGUGACAGGGAACCACCUGCUCGUGCUCCAAGACACGCCCGCACCUUACAGAGGAGGGACAGCAACAGAAGCAUCAGGAGCACUAUUUCGGAGAAAAGUGUCUGAUGCGUUCCUGACACAGGCAGCAACAACCACUUAGGCCCGUCGCUCUUUUCUGUUUCUUCCUUUCUUCUUCUUUUUAUCCCGAAUCGAUUCGAACCAAUUCGAAUAUGUUUACUCAAACAGAAAGAAAAUUUAGCUGUUUUAGAGGUUAGACGUUAAAAUUCGAAAUGAUUUAAAUCGAUCUUACGAUCCCCGUUCGAUUCGGUUCGAAGCGGUUCACCAAUCGGAUUCGAUUCGUACCGCUUCGAAUCCUAUCUGUAAUCUCCCUUCAACUUACGUUUGCAAUUAACUCGAAUCGAAAUUCGAACUCGGUCACUAUUUCAUUCGACAAAUUCCCUCGCGAUCUAUAUAUAUAGUCAGUUUUCCUUUUUUUCCUCGUUUCAAUUUCAAUCCGUUUCGCUCGAUUCGAGUAGAGUAACAUCGGCUAUGCUUGCGCUCAACUCGAACGAGUAUAAUACGUCAGAGAUUUCGAGGAAAAGAUUGUGCAACGGGAUGCAAAAGCCGUCGAUUUUCUUCCUUAUUUACUCGUUACUAACUUGUCACUUAUGUAUGUACAUGUUACCGGUGUACGAUAAACCACGAUUUAUUCGUCUCGCGAAUGGAAGGAAAAUUGUUGAAAACUUCACUUUAUGCCUAUUAUUUCUAACGACUACCGAUUACGAUCUAUAGGACAAUGACAUCUUUGAAUGAUUCCUGUGAAACUUUCGAACGGAAGCGUUAAAUGUACAACGUAGAUGAACAUGAUACAUCGACUAAUUGUUAUUUUCUUCUUCCCUUUUACUUGUUGGCUAUUAAUUAAUACGUUGUUAUUAUUACUAUUAUUAUUGUACUAUGCAUGUAAAAGCUGCUUACACCGAGAUAUUGUACGCGAUCAAAUACUUGUGUAAAAU